AUGUCUGAAUUUUGGACUAAAUAUUUGGACAACCCCACAUUAUCUGUCCUUCCACAUGACUAUUUGAAACCAGCUAAUAAUAAGUCUGUUGAAGGUACUUUUUCAUUUACAGCUAAACAUGUUGUAAGAGACUUUCAACACGGAUUGGCUGUGUUUGCAGCAUUGAUCUACAGGUUGACUGGAGACGAGGAUAUAGUGAUAGCCACUGACGAAGCAGCCAAUUCCCCUUCAUUCAUUAUAAGAUUGAGCAUGUCACCCGAGUUGAAAUUCCAAGAAUUGGUAACCAAAGUUAAGGAGGAGUUUACCAAAUGUGCGUACGAGGUCAACUAUAGGAAUUUAUCUGAACUCAGCGAAAAGAUCAAAGUUGCUAAAAAGCUUGAUGAACACCCCGAACUUUUCAAACUUUCAUAUGAGCAUGCUAAUGCUAACCAGCAAUUGAAUACAACGGUUGAAGGAUCUGUUCGUGAUUUGGCUAUUUACACCAAUGACUCCGAGUUCACCAUAUACUACAAUGCCUUGUUGUACUCUACUGAAAGGAUACAGAUUUUUGCAGAGCAAUUUGAACACUAUUUGUUGGCAGUAGAUGAAGAUUCGAACACUGCAAUUACCAAAGUCGACUUGGUCACGCCACUUCAAAAACAAGCAUUACCAGAUCCUACUUUGGAUCUUGAUUGGAGUGGUUAUAGAGGAGCUAUUCAAGACAUAUUUCAAAAAAAUGCUGAGCUGCAUCCUAACAGAGAGUGUGUGAUUGAGACUGCAUCUUUUAUGGAUCCUAAAUCCAAAACUAGGACAUUCACUUAUAAGCAAAUUAACCAAGCAUCAAACAUUGUGGGUAAUUACUUGAAAGAUACAGGGAUCAAGAAAGGUGACAUUGUCAUGAUUUAUGCUUACCGUGGUGUUGACUUGAUGGUUGCUGUUAUGGGUGUUUUGAAGGCUGGUGCGACAUUCUCGGUGAUUGACCCAGCCUACCCUCCAGCAAGACAAAACAUUUACUUGUCAGUGGCCAAGCCAAGAGGUUUGAUUGUUUUGGAGAAAGCAGGUCUUUUGGAUGACUUGGUAACUAAAUAUAUCAAGGACGAGUUGGAGGUGAUUACUACAAUCCCGCAAUUGAAGAUUGAGGACGAUGGAGCAUUGGUUGGGGGUGUAUUGCCAUCUGGCUCUGGCGAAGAUUGUCUUUUUGACUUUGCUAAAUACAAAGAUCAACCAACCGGGGUUGUAGUUGGUCCAGAUUCUAACCCUACUUUGUCGUUCACUUCUGGUUCUGAAGGUAUUCCCAAGGGUGUUCUCGGUCGUCAUUACUCUCUAGCCUAUUACUUUCCAUGGAUGGCAAAGAGAUUUGGAUUAUCUGAAAAGGACAAGUUUACCAUGUUGUCGGGUAUUGCACAUGAUCCUAUUCAAAGAGAUAUGUUCACUCCAUUGUUCUUGGGUGCGCAAUUAUUAGUUCCAACUGCUGACGAUAUUGGAACUCCUGGUAAAUUAGCUGAAUGGAUGGCAACGUAUGGCGCCACGGUGACACAUUUAACUCCAGCGAUGGGCCAAUUAUUGAGCGCCCAGGCUACAACAGCCAUUCCAUCUUUGCAUCAUGCUUUCUUUGUUGGUGAUAUCUUGACCAAGAGAGAUUGUUUGAGGUUGCAAAGCUUGGCCGAAAACGUAUAUAUCGUGAACAUGUACGGUACGACAGAGACUCAAAGAUCAGUUUCAUAUUUUGAGAUUGAGAGCCGAAAAUCGAAUCCAACUUAUUUGAAGAAUUUGAAGGAUGUCAUGCCUGCAGGAACCGGUAUGCACAAUGUCCAAUUGUUGGUUGUGAACAGAAACGACCGGUCACGCACUUGUGGUGUUGGUGAAGUUGGUGAAAUCUAUGUUCGUGCAGCUGGUUUGGCAGAAGGUUACCGUGGAUUACCCGAUUUGAAUGCCGCAAAAUUUAUCACCAAUUGGUAUGUCGACCCAUUGAAAUGGGUCAAGGAAGACGAACAAAAAGCCAAGGAUGAGCAAUGGAGACAAGAAGGAUGGAAAGGACCAAGAGACAGGAUGUACAGAUCUGGUGAUUUGGGAAGAUACUUACCAGAUGGAAAUGUUGAGUGCUGUGGACGUGCAGAUGAUCAAGUAAAAAUUAGAGGGUUCAGAAUCGAGUUGGGUGAGAUUGAUACGCAUUUAUCACAACACCCACUAGUUAGAGAGAACGUGACAUUGGUGAGAAGAGAUAAAGAUGAAGAGGCAACUUUGAUUUCAUACAUUGUACCCAAAGAUUCACCAGAAUUGGCCAACUUCAAGUCCGAAGUAGAUGAUGCAUCAGAGGAAGUCAAUGACCCAAUUGUUCAAGGGCUUGUUGCUUACCGUGAAUUGAUCAAAGACAUUAAAGCCUAUUUGAAAAAGAAGUUGGCCUCUUAUGCUAUUCCCACCAUUAUUGUUCCACUUGUCAAAUUGCCAUUGAACCCCAAUGGAAAAGUCGAUAAGCCAAAGUUGCCAUUCCCAGACACUGCCCAACUCGAAGCUGUUUCGAAAUUAAGUGUUUCUGCAUCAGACCUUGCUGCGGCCGAGCAUGAAGAAUUUAGCAAAUUAGAGCAACAGAUUAAGGACCUUUGGUUCGAAGUGUUACCCAACAAGCCGCCUACCAUUUCUAAAACGGAUUCUUUCUUUGACCUUGGUGGCCACUCUAUUUUGGGAACUAGAAUGAUUUUUGAGUUGAGAAAAAGGCUUAAUAUCGAGAUUCCACUUGGUGUUAUUUUUAAGAAUCCAACUGUUGAGCAGUUUGCUAGAGAAGUGGAGAAGACUAUUCAAGGUGGCAAAGACUUUGAGUUAGCUAAUGGUACUGGAGCCGGAGCCGGAACUGGAACUGGAACCGUAAAUGAGGGGUCAGGACAAGAGAAAAAUGAUAAUGAAGAUGAGCAUAAACAUGCUACAGUUGAAUAUGCUGAAGACGCAAGAAUAUUGUCUCUGACAGCAUUGAGAGCCAAUUACCAGUCUUUAACGAAAUUACCUACUAAAAACGCAGUUAACGUUUUUCUCACUGGUGCUACGGGAUUCUUGGGCUCAUUUAUUGUUCGCGAUUUGUUGGAGGCCAGAAAGGACAAACUUGAUAUCAAAGUUUAUGCUCAUGUAAGGGCUAGCACCAAAGAAGCUGGAUUGGAAAGACUUCGUCAAACAGGUAAAACAUAUGGAAUCUGGAAGGAAGAAUGGUCAAAGCGUAUUGAAGUCGUACUCGGUGACUUAUCUAAAGAACGUUUUGGUUUGGAUGAAACCGAAUGGAGUAAAUUGACCGAUACUGUUGAUGUUAUAAUCCACAAUGGUGCAUUUGUCCACUGGGUUUACCCUUACUCACAAUUGCGCGAUGCUAAUGUCAUUGGUACUAUAAAUGUUCUAAACUUGGCUGCAGAUGGCAAGCCCAAAUAUUUUUCAUUUGUUUCGUCUACUUCGGCAUUAGACACCGAUUAUUUUGUCAACUUGUCAGACGAACUUCUUCAGCAAGGUAAAGCUGGAAUUCUUGAAAGUGAUGACUUAAAAGGAUCAUCCCAAAACUUAGGCACAGGAUACGGUCAAUCCAAAUGGAGUGCUGAGUAUAUUAUACGUCGUGCUGGAGAGCGUGGUUUACGCGGAUGUAUUAUUAGGCCAGGAUAUGUCACUGGUUUUACCGAGACUGGUGCAUCCAAUACUGACGAUUUCCUUCUCAGAAUGUUGAAGGGUGCUACUGAGUUGGGUCAAUAUCCAAACAUUACGAAUAGUGUCAACAUGGUUCCCGUUGAUCAUGUUGCUCGUGUUGUUACUGCGACCUCAUUGAGUCCACCAAGUCAGGAGGAAUUGUUAGUCGCACAUGUAACUGGGCACCCACGUAUUCACUUUGAUGAGUUUUUGGGUUCGUUGAAAUCGUAUGGCUACGAUAUCGCUAUGGCUGACUAUCCACAAUGGACCUCUGCAUUGGAGCAGUUUGUUGUUGAUGGAAGCAAAGAGAGUGCAUUGUUCCCAUUGUUGCACUUUGUGUUGGACAAUUUACCACAAGAUACAAAAGCUCCGGAAUUGGAUGACACAAACACCAGAAAGUCAUUAAUGAAGGAUAUUGAGUUCACCGGGGAAGAUGUUAGUCAAGGCAAGGGGGUCACUACCGACUUGAUGGGUAUUUACAUUAGUUAUUUGAUCCAAAUCGGUUUCUUACCCAAACCAAGUGGUCGUGGCGAAAAACCCAUUCCCAAAAUCGAGUUGAGCCAAGAAACAUUAGAGUUGAUUAAACAAGGUGGUGGAGCCAGAGGUUCGGCAGCAAAGUAA